UCCGCCAUGUUCCAAGAGUCCGGCUCCUUUUGGACGGGGCGAUUUAGAGUUCGCUUAUCUGUCGUCAGGUUUCGCUGUCAAACAACAAGAGAGGACAAUAUGGAAUCUGUUUCACGGAAUUAGACCAACUUCCCUUUCCCGGAAUAGGAGAUAUCCCAGGAAUGUCAGGAAUUCCAAUUAACUGACUCUGUUAGGAGAAUUGCUGAUACUGUCACUGCGUUCUGGUGCCCGUGACACGGAGCUAUGGACUUGUGUAGUUGUCCGUCCCUCAACGUGACCUAGUUCCAUUCCUGCCUAGUCCUGAACUCUGACCCCUGCCCUUGUCAUCUGACCCCGGACUCCCCUAAGCAGCUCCCUACUGUCUGCUGUUACUUCUCUCGGUGUUACUGAGCCUCUGACCUUACAUUUCCUCUAUUUGCCCUCUGACCCUCCCCUUGCCCUUUGACCCCUGCUCUCCCCAGUAAUGCCUGGCAUGCCAUUCCGCGUUCCUCCGGGGGUGGGGUCUGAGGUUACACUGAGGAGCAGGUGAUCUGAGCCAUCAGAGCUGGAGGAGGACUGUCACCGAGCAGGUGAAUACGGUGGAUGCUGUCUGUGAAGCUCAUUUUCUGCUGACAACACUGUUAUUGGAGUAUUACAGUACGGGUACUGGAGUAUUAUAAUAUCAUGCCAAGCAGGAUGGGGUCAAAAAUGGAUUUAACAAAAGACUUCAUCAAAGUGAAAGCGCACUACAAUGGGGACAUACUCAUCACUCGACUGGGAGCCUCUAUGAAUUACGAUGAGCUGUGUGAUGAAGUAAGAGAGAUGUGUCGCUUAUACCAGGGGCAGCCGAUUACAUUGAAGUGGAUUGAUGAUGAAGGUGAUCCAUGCACUAUAUCUUCCCAGAUGGAACUGGAAGAAGCCUUUCGCUUAUAUUCCAUAUAUAAAGAAGAAGCACUAAGCAUUCAUGUGUUUCCCAGCAUCCCGGAAAAGCCAGGAAUGCCUUGCCCAGGGGAAGACAAAUCAAUAUACCGUCGCGGGGCAAGAAGAUGGAGGAAGCUUUACCGAGUGAACGGGCAUCUGUUUCAAGCCAAACGCUUUAACAGAAAAGCCUACUGUGGCCAUUGCACUGAAAGGAUAUGGGGGCUUGGAAGGCAAGGCUACAAGUGUAUCAACUGCAAACUGCUUGUCCAUAAACGCUGUCAUAUCCUAGUCCCACUGACCUGUAAAAAGCAUAUGGAUCCGGUGAUGCCUUUCCAGGAGCCGCAAGUUGAGGACAGAAACAAUGAAGCUGACAUUCCUUCAGAUGAAACAGACGGAAUUAACAUUAUGCCUCCUAAUCGGAAACAUGAGCAGCGUAAGGAAGUCUCUGAGGACCCCCUUAAACCUGUUAUUGAUGGAAUGGAUGGUAUUAAGAUCUCACAGGGGCUUGGACUUCAGGACUUUGAUCUUAUCCGAGUGAUUGGAAGGGGAAGCUAUGCCAAAGUUCUGCUGGUGCGGUUAAAAAAGAACGACCAGGCUUAUGCCAUGAAAGUAGUAAAGAAAGAGCUGGUACAUGAUGAGGAGGAUAUUGACUGGGUGCAGACGGAGAAGCACGUGUUUGAACAAGCAUCCAAUAACCCAUUUCUAGUCGGUUUGCAUUCCUGCUUUCAAACGCCAAGUCGGUUGUUUUUGGUCAUAGAAUAUGUAAAUGGAGGGGACCUCAUGUUUCAUAUGCAACGGCAAAGAAAACUUCCUGAAGAACACGCCAGGUUUUAUGCUGCUGAAAUUUGUAUAGCUCUAAACUUUCUACAUGAACGGGGAAUCAUCUACAGAGACCUGAAACUAGAUAAUGUUCUCUUAGACGCUGAUGGUCACAUCAAGUUAACAGACUAUGGCAUGUGUAAGGAGGGUUUGGGACCAGGAGACACAACAAGCACUUUCUGUGGAACUCCAAAUUACAUUGCUCCUGAGAUCUUGCGAGGAGAGGAGUACGGGUUCAGUGUGGAUUGGUGGGCUCUUGGUGUGUUAAUGUUUGAAAUGAUGGCAGGAAGGUCUCCGUUUGAUAUCAUCACUGACAAUCCCGAUAUGAAUACUGAAGAUUAUCUCUUCCAAGUUAUUCUUGAAAAGCCAAUUCGGAUUCCAAGGUUCCUCUCAGUAAAAGCCUCUCAUGUUUUGAAAGGAUUUUUAAAUAAAGAUCCUAAAGACAGACUUGGGUGCCAGCCUCAAACUGGAUUUCCUGAUAUUAAGUCACACACGUUUUUCCGCAGCAUAGACUGGGAUAUGCUGGAAAAGAAACAGGUUUCCCCUCCGUUCAAGCCUCAAAUCACAGAUGAAUAUGGUCUGGAAAAUUUUGACACACAAUUUACCAGUGAACCUGUACAGCUCACACCGGAUGAUGAAGAUGUAAUAAAAAGAAUAGACCAAUCUGAAUUUGAAGGUUUUGAAUACAUUAACCCGUUGUUGCUCUCAACAGAGGAGUCGGUAUGAAUGGCUGGGAUAUUUCUAUGAACAAAUAAUGUUAUCGAUCCCGAACUUGUAUCGUUAUCUACAGUAUAUGCAUGCGAGGCUGGAAAACUGAUUCAAGGUUUUGAGUAAGGGCCACUCCUACAGGAUUUGCUGCUGAAUAUCAACCACAAUGAAGCUAUUCGUUGUUGAUCUCUCUUGAGUAGCAGCAGAUCUAUGUGAAUGCAGAUGUAUCUGGCUGAGUUACAGAAGAGAUUCACUUUUUGUGCCUGCCUCAUGAAGGACCUACUGUGUAUGUUAAUUCCAUCUCUGAGGGCGUGUGGAGAAACGGUUUACUACCGGCAAUCACAUACAAAACUCGCUUCCGUUAGUGAAGUAAAUGCAGUGUGCUCCGUUAUUUGGAACCCGACGAAAAGAUAAAGCAGGUCAAGGAACGGCAGACUUUUAGCUGAUCAACUUCUCCUCCUGACCCCAGCUGUGUGGCACUUAUAAAUGUGACAUAUACAUGUAAUUGGUUACUAAAGAAUGCUCUGUUUUAAAUUGGUUAUUUAAGAAACAUAUCGAUAAUAGAAGGGAAUCUUUAAAAUUAUGGAAAAUUAUAUCUUGUAACAUUUAACUAGAAAGAUUAUGAAGAUUAAGGACUUUUAUAUAAUGGAUAAUAAAUCUAUCAGCUCAUGGAAGUAUUUAAAAAUAAGAGAACACUGUAGUAUUGCACUUAAAGAAAAAAAAAAGCUCUGUAAUCAAUUUGGUUUAGUAAAGGCAAUAAUAAACCAAACCUAUCUGUAGGAGGAGAAAUCAAUUUUGCACAUUGAAUGGCUUUCUGAAACCUAAAAUGUAAUGUGCCUAACUUUUAGCUUGUAGCGUGACAUUUUGCUAAUUUUAUCCGCUCUGAUGCAGUAUGUACUGAAAUAAAACGCUCAGCCAUAGAACCUAAAAAAAAUCCUUAAAGCCUUAACAGGUGAAAAAAUACAUCUUUAUCCUUAACACAUAUCCCUAGUCAAGCACACUUUUUUCUAGAUUAGCCGUUAAAAGCUUUAUUUGUUUUGUAUCUUCUGGUGAUUUGGCAGUAACAGUUGGGCCUAAAAUUGCAUAUUAGAUGUUUCAUUUUGGAAUGCAGGAAAUGCCGCAGGUCAUGUAAUAAUCAUUAUUUUAUGGGCAUCUACAUUCCUACGUUGUAAAUGCACCAUCAACAGAGUCCUCUAACAUUAAUAGUAUCUUCAUUUAGGGAGAUGUAAAUAUCGUAAAAAUAUUUUAUGCUUCGUAAGAAUUGGCUUAGUAUCCAAGCUAAAUAUCAUCUUGUACUGCAACUUGAAGCAGACGUCAGCUCUACGUUAUCUUGUAAUGUGUUGAAGCCUCUAAGAGGCAGUAAUGUCUGUUAACUAGAUUUUGAAACUAUUUCCCUAAUUUAGGGUACAAACCAAGUCCUCGCUUACAUCAAUGAUAUAUUUUAAUUAAGCAAUGCUGGAAUACUAUAUGCAGACCCUCAACUCUAGUGAUUAAUUCAGCAUUAACUGCAUUAAAAAAAAAAAACAUUUUGAAAUAAUGCAUGGAAUUUUGUGGUUAUAUAUUUUUUUACAAUCCCUAAAUAAAACAUUGUACUUCAAACAAGAAACAAGUAUGGAGAUCUCUUGUUUGAGUCUAGAAGUAACACACUGGCUAUAAUUCAAGUAUAUCUUUGUUCUGACGUGUUGUCAUUAUGUUGGUUAUUGAUUUGUUUGUUUUUAAUGUUCAGCGUUAAAGGUUAAAUGCCUAGGCUGCACAAAAGCCAGAGUUCUGCAAAGGCUGUCCCAUCUUAUAUAUCGCUAGACGUAUUAAAGGGAUCCAUUUUCACUUUGCAGUAAAGUAAAGAGUUGUUUUUUUUAUCCACCAAAUUGCUUUUUUCGGCUGUUGGUAUAAACUUAUGCAGCUUCAACGUUUUGAUUAAUAAAAUCACCAAAAUCUUAUAUCAUGUAUAAUUCACGCUUUAUUUCUCAACACUACCCAUAUGGGACAGUAUGUCUGACCUUUUUAAGGGAAGGGUUAAAACCCACUUCAUUACUGCAUUCAGUCUUGUAAGACCAAACUCUACUACAUCAGGGAAGGGGUUUUAAAGGAGGUUUUGGUCCUGUGUAACUUUAUGUGGAUGUUUUGUUAAAAGUACAAUGUGGAGGUUGAAUAACAGAUGUAUAUUUGCUGAAAGUUUAACAAAAUACUUGAUUUUAUACAUUUAAAGACAUUGCAAAUGUUUUCUGUGUUGCCAAAUAGUUUUUUUGCUCAUAUGCAAAUGUAUGAAAAUAUUGUUCUGUUCAUAAUGAAGGGGAAUUUUUUUUUAUAUAUAUAAAAGUACUUGUUUUAUAAAUUAAAGAAAAUGAAGGCUGUAAUGAAUUGUGUGGUUUGAUGGGACCUAAUAUAUGAAAAAAAUGCUCUGGUAUUUAUCUAGUUGUCUUAUUUGAAAUAGUAAAUUAACAUUAUAGCUAAUUUAAUUCUUGUAAAACAGUAAAUAUGUUCUUGUAGUUUUGUAAAAAUUAAAUAAGACGUUGCUGACCAACUUAAUUGUGCAGAAGAUGGUAAACUAAUCCGUAACGGUUAAGAUCAUUUUUAUUCUUGCACAUUAAAGACUUUACUUGAAAAAGCU